UGCGUCUCCGCCCCGAGGCUGACGUGUGGCUCACUGUGGGCUCGACUUAAAAGCCCCGGCGCUGCGCGAGGCAUCCUACCAGAGCUGGAGACGAGGCGAGCGGGUGGGGAGGGCGUCCGACUCGAGCUGGCGCAGGGGGACCGCGGCUGUCACUGCGCUCCGAGCAUCCCGAGGGCUUCCCGAGUAGACGAACCCGGCCCUGCGGCGGCUGCGGGUGCAGCCCUAGCCGCCUGCCUCCCUCGCCGCGCUCGUGGAGCCUCACGCCCCGAGCGAUCGUUCGUGAUUUAGCACAAAGCACGUUUCCAAAAAGCAGCGCACGGGAGAGCUCCCGCGCCGCGCUCCCGCGCACGCACCCCCUCUUCCCCUUUGUUUCGGGGGUCGACCGGCUGCUCUCCUCCCCAAGUCUGAAUUCUUCGCGGGGGUGGGGGGCGGACGGCCGCCGAGUCUAGGCUGUGAAGAUGCCCUUGGAACUGACUCAGAGCCGAGUGCAGAAGAUCUGGAUCCCCGUCGACCACCGCCCCUCGCUGCCCAGAUCCUGUGGGCCGAAGCUGACCAACUCCCCCACCGUGAUCGUCAUGGUGGGGCUCCCAGCCCGGGGUAAGACGUACAUCUCAAAGAAGCUGACUCGAUACCUCAACUGGAUCGGCGUCCCCACGAAAGUGUUCAACGUCGGGGAGUACCGCCGGGAGGCCGUCAAACAGUACAGCUCCUACAGCUUCUUUCGCCCCGACAACGAGGAGGCCAUGAAAGUCCGCAAGCAGUGCGCUCUGGCUGCCCUGAGAGACGUCAAAAGUUACCUGACGAAGGAAGGGGGCCAAAUUGCAGUGUUCGAUGCCACCAAUACCACCAGAGAGAGGAGACACAUGAUCCUUCAUUUUGCCAAAGAAAAUGAUUUCAAGGUGUUUUUCAUUGAGUCUGUGUGCGAUGACCCUAUGGUUGUGGCCUCCAACAUCAUGGAAGUUAAAAUCUCUAGCCCGGAUUACAAAGAUUGCAACUCAGCAGAAGCUAUGGACGACUUCAUGAAGAGAAUUAGUUGCUACGAAGCCAGCUAUCAGCCCCUCGACCCUGAUAAAUGUGACAGGGACCUGUCCUUGAUCAAGGUGAUUGACGUGGGCCGGAGGUUCUUGGUGAACAGAGUUCAGGACCACAUUCAGAGCCGCAUCGUGUACUACCUGAUGAACAUCCACGUGCAGCCCCGCACCAUCUACCUGUGUCGGCACGGCGAGAGCGAGCACAACCUCCAGGGCAAGAUCGGAGGGGACUCGGGUCUGUCCAGCAGGGGCAGGAAGUUUGCCAAUGCCCUGAGCAAGUUUGUGGAGGAGCAGAACCUGAAGGACCUCAAGGUGUGGACCAGCCAGCUGAAAAGCACCAUCCAGACGGCGGAAGCCCUGCGUCUCCCCUACGAACAGUGGAAGGCGCUCAACGAGAUCGACGCCGGUGUCUGUGAGGAGAUGACCUACGAGGAGAUCAGGGACACCUACCCUGAGGAGUACACUCUGCGCGAGCAGGACAAAUACUACUACCGCUACCCCACCGGGGAGUCGUACCAGGACCUGGUGCAGCGCCUGGAGCCGGUGAUCAUGGAGCUGGAGCGGCAGGAGAACGUGCUGGUCAUCUGCCAUCAGGCCGUCCUGCGUUGCCUCCUCGCCUACUUCCUGGAUAAGAGCGCAGAGGAGAUGCCUUACCUGAAAUGCCCCCUUCACACUGUCCUGAAACUGACACCUGUCGCUUACGGUUGCCGCGUAGAGUCCAUCUAUCUGAAUGUGGAGUCUGUGAGCACACACCGGGAGAGGUCAGAGGAUGCAAAGAAGGGACCUAACCCGCUCAUGAGACGCAAUAGUGUCACCCCACUAGCCAGCCCCGAGCCCACCAAAAAGCCUCGCAUCAACAGCUUUGAGGAGCAUGUGGCUUCUCCCUCCGCUGCCCUGCCCAACUGCCUGCCCCCGGAGGUGCCCACGCAGCUGCCUGGACAACCUUUGCUAGGGAAAGCCUGUUUAACAUGAAGAGCACCCAGAGUGGCAUCGACACCAGGAUGCACUGAGGCAGGCCCGUCGGCUCCGUGCCAGUUCUGUUCCUGCAGCUUUUCCUUAGUGCUUUUCCACCCGCCCGAGGCCAGCCAUCCCCAGGACGUCUUCCGAACAGGGUGGGUGGUGUAGAAGAGGGGCCCGCCGCUCAGACAGAACCGUGCCCCCGACGGCAGCUGAGACCCCAGGAGGCCCCUCCCGUGUGCGCACCCCGCGCUGGCGCCCCCCCCCCCGCCCCCAGCCUCGCUGACCCCCCACGAGGCUCGGAAAGGACAAUGAGCGGUGGAAGAGGUGAGAGAGGGCCCUGAGGAGGGGACGGUGGCCUCCAGGCUCUUCUGUUUUGUUUCGUUUCUGUGAUCCUGAUCUGGUAUGUUCCCAGCCUGGGGAGAGGACACGGGCCCCAGAAUCCUAAAAUCGAAGGGGGUCUAGUUGCUGAAGAAGAAGGGAUGUUGAAAACUGUCACAAGGCUCUUCUGUGAGUCGUGGCCCCGGACGUUGCCUCGUGAGGGCAGGACUCGGGCACGUGCUGGGUUGGGGCCGGUCCCGGAGGAGGAGGGUGAAGGCUCUGAGCCACCGUGCAAUGCGUCCACAGCUUGCCGGGUCUGCGUCCUGCCUCGGAAGAGGGUGACUCACGCACAGUGUGGCCGUGCAGGCAAAAGGAAAGGUUCUGCCGGAACAGUCCCGGGGCCUCACCCCCCCCAGGGAGCUCUGCCGUCUCUGCCCUCCCGCCUGGGCCCCAGGCCCCCCCCUGGAGCUGCUUGCUUUUGCACUUUUUCAACGGCAGAAGGCGGGACCUGAAGGUUGUACCUUCUCUCCACGAACUUACAUGUUUGGGGUUUGUGCCCGUGGGGGCUGGAGCUCGGAAAGAACGUGGGGAGUCGGGUGCGCCCGUGCCAUGGGGAGCUCGGAGGGACCCAGGAAACCAGCCAGAGAGCAAGUCAUGUGGAUCAUUGCCAGGCUGACCCGGAUGGUGGCACAGAGAUGAUCAAGGGUCACCUCCUUCCUCCAGGAUGUUCGUCACCUCCCUGUGCUUCCCAGGUGGGGACGGUGGCCCAGCCGAGACCUCACUUGCAGCCACUUCCUCCAGGAGGCUGCCUGUGGUCUCCUGGCAGGACUGAGGACUGAGCUCAGUCCUGCUUGUUUUUGUGGAACACCUGCCCUACGCCCAGCGGGUGCCCAGUGGCUGCGAAGUCCGAAGAAGACGGUGUCCUCGCUGGUGUUCGUGGCACCUGUGGCAUCUUUUUGGGGUGGCUCACAGCAGGGAGACGUGUGGUUCUAGAUACCUGUAGUUUCUGCCUCCUGGUUUCUCCUCGUUGCCUCCACGUCCUGGGGAAAAGGAGGCGUCUUGAGGCCCAGACAGAACGAUUUGGAGACUCCGGCGUAGGAUUUGUCCAAGCGACCCUUUGAAGGACCUCUCAAAGCUGGAGGCAAAGGUCGCUUCCCUUGCUUGCCCUCUGCUUUUGAGCCUGACGGUCUCGCCCCCUCUUGUCUUACGGGACAGGCUCUGGGAGCGCGGCUGUGGGGCCUUGGACAUCCGGAGAGGGCACCGGACAACGCGUGUUUCUCUGGUUGGGGUUCAGUGGGAAACUGGGAUGUGCUGUAGAUGCCCUGCGGUCAAGUUCGUGGGUUUCACACCAAAACCCGCCCCCUCCCCCCCACCUCCUCCCCAGCCGGGCACCGUGCCCGAGGAUAUGUAACAUCUCUGUUCCUGUGUAACCGAAGAAGGGCUAUUUUCCCUUUCCUGCCAACUGAGUCUCGUCGGGUGGCGAGUGUGCACGGGCACAAGCGUGUGCUUGUGGGUUGGUCUUCUCCCUGGCAGCCCAGCUCUUGCGAAACGGCUUCCACGUGUCCCUCUCUCUGGCCUCCUUUUCCCACCGGUUGUCGGAGCCCACGCUGAGCUUUGACCCUUCCUGCCGAUGAUGCUCGCGGGGCUGGGUGUGGGUGUGGGUGCCCCGCCCGCCUCCAGCUGCUGAGGUCAGUACCCACCGAAGCGAACAUCCUGCACACGCGUUUGUCGGGGCCUAGAGGAGGCGACAGAACGUGCCAGCGGACGAGGAGUGAGACCUCAGAGGUUGCAGAAGGCUGCCCAACUGAAAGUCGUGAUCGGACUCGAGGCGCCAGCUGGGGGACGUGUUUGACCUGCACUCACCGGGCUCCUGCCACUCUGACUAUGGCCUCUCCCCCCCCCCCCCCCCCCGGCCCCCCGAAAACCACCUGGGACCAAUUUUGUUCACUUGGCAUAGUUGUUUGUGGGUGGGUUUCCCCUUCUCCUCAUUCUGUCCGGAGACCGUGGGCGGAGCUCGUCAUUUGCGGGCAGCAGAGGAACGGCCGCACCAAUGAUGUUUUUCGUUUGUAAUACUUGAAAUUUAUUUUUUUAUUAUUUUGAUAGCAGAUGUGCUAUUUAUUUAUUUAAUAUGUAUAAGGGAGCCUGAAAAUAGAAAGCUGUAUAGAUUGGGUAUAGUUCCGUGGUUGGUUUUGGGGGGCCUUUUACGUGUGACUCAUGACUUCUCUGUGUUCUGUAUAGUUGUCUGAAUUAAUGACCUGGGAUGACGCUGUGCCAGCUUUCAAACAGGGGAUGCUUUUCAGAAAUUUGUAUAUUUUGCAGUUGCCAGAACAAUAAAAUACCUGAUUGAAAUACG